AUGGGUUGCAUUGAGAGGGAGAGGAACACACUUCUCAGCUUUAAAGCCGACCUAACUGAUCCAUACAACUUCUUGUCAUCGUGGGAAGGGCACGAUUGUUGUAAAUGGACGGGAGUCGUCUGCAGCAAUACAACGAGCCAUGUUGUGAAGCUCAAACUCGGAAAUUUAGCAUUGAGCGGUGAGAUCAACCCAUCUUUGUCUCUUUUAAGUGAUCUGAAGCACUUAGAUCUUAGUAUGAAUAACUUUAACGGCAUAAGCAUUCCUACGCAAAUAGGUUCUUUGCAUAAGUUGAAAUAUCUUAACCUCUCUAAUGCUUGUUUUAGUGGAACUGUGCCUGCUCAACUUGGGAAUCUCUCAAAUCUCCGCUAUCUUGAUCUUAGUGUUGAGCUUUCUCUUUCUUGCAUGAUGAGUGUAGGCAAUAAUAUGUGGUGGCUCAGCCAGCUUUCUUCUUUGAAGUAUCUUGAUAUGAGUUAUGUGUACUUAGGUGAUGUUCCAAAUUGGCUCGAUACUAUAAACAUGCUUCCUUCCUUGGAAGUGCUUCACUUGCCAAACACUCUUCUCAACGGAAUUCCUUCGUCGCUAUCGGACGUCAACAUUACAGCUCUAAAAGUACUUGAUUUAGGAAGUAACAGCAUCAACUCUACCUUACCCGCAUGGUUGUGGAAUCUUACUCAUGUCACUUAUCUCGACCUUUCGUUCAAUAACUUCCAAGGACUCAUUCCUGAUGAACUUAGCUCUUUGAAAUCCCUCAAUUCCCUUUUUUUACAAAAUAAUUAUUUCAAAAGUAUGUCCCUGAGAGCAUUUCGCAAUCUCUGCAACUUGAAUACUUUGGAUUUGAGCGAAAUCGGCUUUAGUGGGGAUAUUUCGGAAUGGAUGGACGCAAUAUUGGCAGGAUGCACACUUUAUAAGUUACAAAACUUGUAUUUGGGAUAUAACAACUUGAAAGGGAAUCUCUCAGGAUGGUUAGAAAACAUGACUAGUCUAUGUUCUUUGGAUUUGAGUUACAACUCACUCAAUGGGACUAUCCCAUUAGGAAUUUGGGAGAUGCCUAAUAUAACAUAUUUGGACCUUUCUAGCAAUUCAUUCGAGGGUGUCGUAUCUGAGAUCCAGCUUAAUCAUCUUGGAGGAAUACAAGAACUUUUCCUUUCAUAUAACACCAUAGUGGUUCAGUGCAGUGACGAUUGGGCACCUUCUUUCCAAAUUGUACAAUUUGGAUUGGCAUCAUGCCAGUUAGGACCCAAAUUUCCGACUUGGCUCCAAGGACAAACACAACUUGAAUAUCUCGAUCUAUCAAAUAAUCAAAUUGUUGAAACACUUCCCAGUUGGUUUUGGACUAUAUCUCAAUCCCUGUAUUAUGUGGAUUUAUCCAAUAAUCAAAUCAAGGGAAAUUUACCACUAUCAUCGGACCUUACGAUGUUACAGAUGUUGAAUUUGAGCACUAAUCAAUUUGAAGGCCCAUUGCCAUCUUUACCACCUGCUAUUAUAUCAUUGGAUCUCCCCACCAUAGGCGGUGGCGACGCGCGGAGGCCACGAAGGCUCAGCCUCGGCCCGCAUGGCGUCUGGGCGGCUACAGGAGCUUCGGGUGGCGGCCGGCGGUGGUCGGGGAUGGCCGGGGACGCGCGCCGGAGGUAG